AUGACAGACUAUAGCUCGACCGACGGGCCAGUCUUGACAAGGACCCCUUUGACUCCACGUUCGCUCACCAGCUUCGGCUCUUCAAACGGAACAGAAGCUGCAGACGACAAUGACAUUGAGCCAAUUGACGAGACGCCUGAAAUAUGCGCCAAAGAACGUGAACGCCUCACGACGGUGGCCAAACGCAUGACGGAGAGUCUUUUGGAAGCUACCGAUCUACUCGGUGGUAUUCCAUGGACCUUAGUGCACGAAAAGCAUGGAAUCUCGCUCUUCCAAGCCGACGAAUCCAAUCCAGAAACCAAUGUGCCCUGCAACGUUCAUGCAGUGUGCAAGUUCGCCUGUAACAUCGAAGACGUCGCGGCGUCACUGAUCACGCCCACGACGGCAUCGUUCAAGCGGAUGAUGACCAUGUUGUCGUCGGACUUCUUAGACGGGGCAGUGGUACAGAACAUUGUAGAGUCCACGCCAGCUAACCCACACCGCUACGUUGCACUUAAAUGGGCUGCAUUCAAGAGCUCGGGCCCAUUUGCAAAGGAUCGUGACUUGCUUAUGCUUGAGUACGUGGACAUGAUUGAGGAUGCACAAGGACAGAUGACUGCCUUUCGAAUCAUGCAAUCCGUGGAUACACCGGCAGGCUUCUCGAAGUAUGCCGAGUCGCCAAAGUAUGCGCGCGACCUUGUACCGCUUAUGGGAUUCAUGUAUCAUUCGACCAAGAAACCGGGUGAAUUGCGUCUGACCUACACAUGUAACUUCAACAAAAAUGGCAACCUUCCUGCUUGGAUUGCCAGCUCAGCAAUCCAAUCGCACGUGGAGAAGUGUAUCAACGGCAUUCUUAAGUAUACUGAGAACUUUCGAGUUGGUCGUGAGGAGAUUGUACUGCCUCAGCAAGUAGUCCCCAUGAGCGAGCGAGAUCACUGCCGGACCUGCUCGAAGAAGUUUUGUGUACGCCGCCGUCGCUAUAACUGCCUCAAAUGUGGAGAAGCAUGUUGCAGCUCAUGUAGUUCGGUGCGUAGUGCACAUGUGCCUGACAUUGGCGAGCGUCAGCUACGCGUAUGUACUGCAUGUGUCAUCGAAGCCCGUCGGUUAUCACGCAAAACGGCUGGUGGCGUAGAGCGUCCCGCUACUCCGUUGUUUUGCACCCACCGCUCUAACCAAUUUUUUGGAGACACAAAUCAAAGCAAACGCGCGCUGGGUCGCGCGCAGAGCUUUUCAGCCACCAGUCGUGCAACAAGCGAGGAAGUGGAGACGUGCCGGUCAUACGACAACCUUCUUGACCCCGUUCGCUCUCGACUUAUCGAGUACAAGACGUUUACAUCCGCUAGUGAAGAUGGUUUUGGUGCUAAUACUACGGGCUCGGCCAUCGGUGUGCCAAAAGCCAGCUUUCCAAUCCGUUCCUUCAGCGACGGUCUCGUCAUGCGCAAUAAAGCGUUAUUUGCAGCCAAGCGCCGUGGUAGUCCAGCUGAUCUGGCCAUUUCAAUCGAGGCCUUCCGCUUGUAUCAGUUGCGCAUGGGCAAUGCGGAACGCCAUUUUGAAAAUGAGUUCGGCGACAACAACAAGAACAACAACGACAAUACUUGCGAUGAGUCGAGUUCAUCAUCCACGCCCGUGUCGCCCACGUCGUCAAUCUUGAGACGAUUGUCGGCGCAGGACCGUACCUCGUUAAAGAAUGCCAAGAGUCUUCGCUCUGGCCGUUCACGCAUCCAGAUCAACCACGAAGGCAACCACAAGACCCUAGCAGGUGAUGAGGAGAAGCUCGAGCUAAACGAAGCGAUGUUACGCGCGAAAAACAUCAUCGUCGCUGCCAAUUAUGCAAACAACUUGGCACAGCAAGCUCGAAAGCUUUCGCACCAUCGUAUCCUGGCGCUGCAACAAGAGCACGAAUAUAUGGCCCCAAUGCUACGAAAUGGUGGUAACACUAGCAGUAGUAAUAGUCCAGUUGUGCGUCAUCGUCAUCAUGGUAGCGACCACGCAGUGACAUUGUACUCUAGCUAA